AUGGCAGAAAAGGAAGGUACUGAACUCCAACAAAGGCAUUAUUUACAAGAAAAGACUACUCUUGCUAUCAAAAAUGGUCACAUGUGUGAAUUCAAUGGAAAGGUAAUAGGUACAAAAUUUAAUACAAGGCUCUCAAUAGACCCUCUUAUAGAGGAAUUGGCCUACCUGAAAGAUUGGGACAACCAGAAUAUUCACACAGGACAAGAAAUUGUGCAUCAGCUUGCUGCACCAACUCCCACCCCUCAAAGAAUGACGAUUAGUGAAAUCUGGGCACAUGCAUCAAAUUCAGUGCAACCCUUCUAUUGCAUUCUAAAGGCAAUGACACAACAGAUAAAAUCUAAGUCAUUUUGCUAUCAAGCAUGUCCCACCCAAGUAAAUGGAAAACCAUGUAAGAAACGAUUAGACGAGACCGAAGAAGUAACUUGGUAUUCUUCGAAAUGUAACAUGACCCUGUCUGAGUGUAACUACAGAUACAUCCUCCAAAAACACCUACAGGACCACAAAGAUACAAUAUGGGCAAUUGCAUUUGAUGAAGGGGCAACAGAACUCAUGGACAUGCCUGUAGAAACAUUAUACAUGCUUCAAUUCGAUGACAAUGCCGAGAAAAGCACCAUAGAGGUAAUAAAAAAUGUGACAUAUAAUCAAUUCCUCUUGAACCUAACAUGCAAAAAUGAAACAUACAAUAAUGAAGAACGACUGAAGGUUACCAUCACCAAGGCAAAGCAACUAGAUUUUGCCUCAGAGAGCAGUGACGCUGCUCUUCCAAAGGACUUUGGCAAUUGGAGAAUUAUUUCAAAACCUGUUUUUACAGUUACUGUGUUUAUUCAACUGAAGAGCAAUGGUGCUGCAAUGGAGGCUGGAGAUACUAUUUCGUUGGGUGCGUCGCUUACUGGAAAUCAGACAAUCAUUUCAAAUUAG